GAGUUUUGCCCAUUGGUAAUCUGUUUCCUAAUUCAUAUAACGCGGGCCUCGCACCAUUUUUGGUUACAUUGAUGAGCGGAUUGAUUUACUCGGUGUAUUGGUAAAUACAAUCACGUGAAGCCCACAACCAAUAGCCGCCGCUGCGGUCGGCAAAAUACUAUGAUUGUUCUGAGGGAAGGUAUCAGAGAUACACUUUCCAGUGUAACCUUUUCUAUGAAUGCGAGAGUACCUAAAAUGUCGACCGGUGGCACUAUAGGCAGCUAUUAUGUGGACUCCCUGAUAGGACAGGAAGCCGAGGAGCUGUACGCCACCAGAUACGCUCAAGGGACGCACAACCCGGCUUCAAGGCCAUCAGGUGUAGCGGACAGUUCGGAUUUCUCUUCCUGCAGCUUUGCCCCCAAAUCGGCGGUCUUUUCCUCCUCUUGGGCUCCUGUCCAUCCGCAAUCCUCCGCCGCAGUUGCGGGCAUCUAUCAUCCUUAUAUGCAUCAAUCGCACCUUGCAACCUCGGACUCCAGAUACGUGCGCUCCUGGUUGGAUCCGAUCUCGGCUCCCGUCCCCUUCUCCGGAUUCCACUCCAACGGGCGGCACUACGGGAUCAAGCCGGAAACUUUGUCAACCAAGAGGACUGAAUGUUCUUCGUACGAGCUGCAAGCCCUGAGCCUACCGGAAUUUACGUGCGGGUCGUAUUCAGAGAGCAGGGACAAACUCUCCAAGGAGCUCUGCUGCACCAGCUCCGAGAUUACGAGCAACAGUGAGCCCAAGGAGGAGAAACAACAGCAACUUGACCCAAAUAACCCUUCAGCAAAUUGGAUCCACGCUCGCUCCACCAGGAAGAAACGCUGUCCCUACACCAAAUACCAGACGCUCGAAUUGGAAAAGGAGUUUUUAUUUAACAUGUACCUUACCAGGGACCGGCGUUAUGAAGUUGCUAGAAUCUUGAAUCUUACCGAGCGCCAGGUAAAGAUUUGGUUUCAAAACAGAAGGAUGAAAAUGAAAAAGAUGAGCAAGGAGCGAAAUAACAAAACGCCUUAGGGAUUGAUCGUGCGCGUGUGUCGUGGUGGUUUUUCCGAAAAAAAAUCUUACAAAGCAGACCGUGCGAAUGUGUUUAUCUAUCUAGUGGAGGUUGGCCUAGUCAGAAACAAAGCACGGUCUAUAUGUUUCCCAGUGUUGUACUGUUCCAGAGCAAUUCUGUAUUUAAGUAACUGCCUUCUAGAGACUAUUCCCUGAUUUGCUGCUGUUGGGCAACAUUAAACCGAAUCUAAAUUGAUGUCAGCAAGUCGGUCUUAUCACGUUAAAACUUUGACGAAGUUAAUAAAGUGUACUUGUUUUAUAUAUAGAGGUAAAACCUUGCCCAUGUGUGACAUUUUGUUUAGUCGUGCAACUUGUAUUGUCGUUGACUAAUGUUUCUGCCUGUAGUGUAUUCUUUAGAUACCAUAAACACAUGGAAAUGUUACCAUUUUUGUACCCCAUUUUUUGUCGUUUUAUUCCAUUUUUAUUCAUUUUAUUCGGUGUCGAAUCCAACACAACUGCCAAGGGCUUAAUAUCAGGGCAGUUAUUAGCCAACAGAAUGACAGAUACCACUGUGGUGACAAAGAGAGUCAGCCCCAAUACAAUAUUUAUUUUAUCAUACUCCAAGCAAAAUUAAAGAGCUUCAUACAAUUUUGACGAGAACAUAUAUUUGUCGAAUACAAUAAGUCUUCAUAAAAACACUGACAUUUCGACCGGGUGGCACAGGUACAUGGAAACAGAUUUAAUUCUGGAAUGUUCGAAACUGUUUUGAUGCAUCUUUCUUUUUCGUGAGUUUGGGGCAGUGUAAAACAAGUAUAUUUAGUAAUUGUGAAGUGGAUAAAACAUAGUUUAACGUCGUGCUCUUUUCGCUGAUUCGAAUAAUGUUCUGAAGAGGCGAUUUACUUGGACUAUUAUAUAAGUCCAAAAUGAUGUAAUUAAUGUAUUUUUAGAUGCAAAAAAAAAGCUAACGUCACAGUAGUUUUGGACUUACUCACCAACUGCUCCAUGGUAUUUAACAACCACCACAGCCGUAACUGUAAAACUUAUUCUAUGCUGUAAAACACAAAAUACUAUAAUUAAAACCAGAAGAUGCCACUCAUGUACCAGCCCAUAUAUAUAUUGUGUACGUCACUUUUGCUCGUUGUGAUACCAACAAUAAAAAGUUCAUAAACAAUUCCGUUUUUGUGCUACUGUAACGGUCGUUUAAGGAUUCAGUAAACGCAGUUUGAGUUCAAUUAAACACCCUUUUAGCGAGAGUUACAAAAGCUGUAUGUUACGGAUAAAACGCAGAGGCGGUAUUAGCUUCUGCUUUGCAUUUGGUUGGUGAAAGGAUCACAGAAACUCUAAGGCAGAUAACAACAGGAGAUGUAUGGAAAUUCGUUCAGUUAACGGAUCAACACUUUAUUUCAGCAUGGAAAUUAAUUGAUUAUAAUUAUUAUAAUAGUAUAAUGAUUCAAGGAUGUUAAUUGACGCCUAUGGACGGGAUUUCAGAUGUAAGAUGAUGUUUCACAGUUAAUAUCGAUCCAGCAACUACAUUAUUAAUCACGAUUUUAAAUAAAAUGUUUUGGUUAAACACCAAAAGGAGUUAACUUCA